UCGUCUUGCAUGCUCUCUCCCUCAUUAUAUGCCAUUGAUUGCUGAAGUCAGGUCGUUCACUUCAAAUAAGGGAACGCCUUCGGCGUAAUUUUUAAGUAGUGUAUUAUUACUCGGCAGGCGACAAGUUCACUGAAAACAAAACUGCAUGGAGUACAGAAACCUGGGCCGCACAGGGCUGAAAGUGAGUAGAUUAUCAUACGGUGCAUGGGUCAGUUUCGGCUUCCAAUUAGGUGUAGAAGAGGUCAAAUGCCUGUUGUCCUGCUGCAGAGAAUUGGGUGUCAAUUUCUUCGACAAUGCAGAAGUGUAUGCCGAAGGAAAAGCAGAAGAAAUCAUGGGGCAGGCCAUAAAAGAGCUCGGGUGGAAGCGUUCUGAUGUUGUCAUUUCGACCAAGAUCUUCUGGGGUGGGAAGGAACCCAAUGAUGUGGGAUUGUCCAGGAAGCACCUGAUUGAGGGAAUUCAGGCCUCACUGAGGCGACUGCAGAUGGAGUAUGUGGAUGUCUUGUUCUGCCACAGGCCUGAUGAGGGGACGCCUGUGGAGGAGACAGUAAGGGCCAUGAAUUAUAUCAUUGAUCAGGGCUGGGCCUUCCAUUGGGGCACCAGCAUGUGGCCCAAGGACACGAUUCUCGAAGCUUGGGAGAUUGCCAAUAGGCUAGGCUUGAUUGGUCCCCAAGUGGAGCAGCCUAGAUAUAAUUUGUUUUCAAGGGACAAGGUCGAGGUAGAACUUAUGCCACUAUAUAAGGACUAUGGCUUGGGUUUGACAGCGUACAGUCCAUUGGCUUCGGGAUUCUUGAGUGGGAAGUAUAGUAAAGAUAACAUACCAUCUGAUAGUCGCUUUGCACUGAAAGAUUAUCAGCAUUUAAAGAAUAACUCACUGGUUGAUGACAAGCUGCAAAUAGUUGAUGAGCUAAAGCCCAUUGCAAUGGAGUUGGGGGUAUCUUUGUCACAAUUGGCCAUUGCUUGGUGUGCAGCAAAUCCAAAUGUGAGCACUGUUCUCACUGGUGCCACCAAAGAAAGCCAGAUAAGGGAAAAUAUGAAGUCUCUAGAAGUGAUUCCCCUUCUCACUCCUGAAGUUAUGGAUAAAAUCGAGGCUGUGUUGAAGAACAAACCAUCGGAAUAAAUUUGACAUUCAGUAUUGUUCCUUCAGCUUUGUAAACAAUCGCAAUUGGAACAAUACAUUGCAAGUCAAAUAUCUUAGAUCAAUCAAAUUAAAGUACAAUAAGUCCUACAAAAUCCUAAAGAAGGCGUUUUGCAGGAAGGUAUUCAUGCUUGAGAAUGGAUGUAUGGGUUGGUGAGUUUUAUAAUGCCAGUAUUUCUAAUUUCUAGAUAUGUACUUUUUUCACAGGCAAAUUCAAUACAAAGAUCAAACUGUGAUGGCUUUAGACAA